CUGGGCUGAAUGGACGUUGGCAUCAAGAAGAGUCCUCUUCCUGUUGAGAAAGUUGUCGGGUGCGUGAAGAUGAAGCAGGCACCAGAAACCCUCAGCAACGCUAAUGGCAAGAGCUGUGACGUGAACCGAGAAUGCUCUGUGUUCCUCAGCAAGGCCCAGCUGUCCACCACUCUGCAGGAGGGCGUCAUGCAGAAGUUCAAUGGCCACGAUGCGCUUCCCUUUAUUCCUGCCGAGAAGCUGAAAGACUUCACCUCCCGAGUGUUCAAUGGGGAGCCUGGGGCUCAUGAUGCCAAAUUGCACUUCGAGUCCCAGGAGGUGAAAGGAAUUGGGACGCCCCCUAGCACGACCCCUAUUAAAAAUGGAUCUCCAGAAAUAAAGCUGAAGAUCACCAAAACAUACAUGAAUGGGAAACCACUUUUUGAAUCUUCCAUUUGUGGUGACAGUGCAGCUGAUGUGUCGCAGGUUGAAGAAAAUGGACAAAAACCAGAGAACAAGGCAAGGAGGAGCCGGAAGAGAAGCAUAAAGUAUGACUCCUUCCUGGAGCAGGGCCUGGUCGAAGCAGCUCUCGUAUCCAAGAUCUCAAGUCCCACAGACAAAAAGGCUCCAUCCAAGAAAGAGUCCUGUCCCAACAGCAGCCGAGACAAAGACCAGCUGCUGAAAUACAACAUUGGUGAUUUGGUGUGGUCCAAAGUGUCAGGGUACCCGUGGUGGCCGUGCAUGGUGUCUGCCGACCCGCUUCUCCACACCUGUACCAAACUUAAAGGUCAGAAAAAGAGUGCGCGCCAGUACCACGUGCAGUUCUUCGGUGACGCCCCAGAAAGAGCGUGGAUCUUUGAGAAGAGCCUGGUCGCCUUUGAAGGAGAAGGACAGUUUGAAAAACUGUGCCAAGAAAGUGCCAAACAGGCCCCCACGAAAGCAGAGAAGAUAAAGCUGUUGAAACCUAUUUCAGGGAAGCUGCGCGCCCAGUGGGAAAUGGGGAUUGUUCAGGCAAACGAAGCCGCAGGCAUGUCAGCAGAUGAGCGGAAAGCCAAGUUUACCUUCCUCUACGUGGGCGAUCAGCUUCAUCUUAACCCGAGAGUAGCCCGGGAGGCUGGUGUGCCUGCAGAGGCCCUAGGAGACGGGGUCGAAUCCUCAGGAGCUGGUGAGGAAGUGGCCGACCUCCCCGAGUCUCUGAAAGAAGAGGGCACCCCUAUCAAGAGGCGGCGGCGAGCCAGACCACCAGGCUCUGCUGACGAAAGCUAUCCUGGGACGCCUCAGAAGGUGGCAGAGGCAGAGUCCAAGAGAGGAGUGUCAUCUCCCCCCGGGAGAAAGAAGGCCAUGGCCUGCACGCCCCGGAGCAGGAAGGGUGAUGCCGUGUCCCAGUUUCUGGUCUUCUGUCAAAAGCACAGGGAUGAGGUGGUCUCUGAGCACCCUGAUGCUUCUGGCGAGGAGAUUGAGGAGCUGCUGGGCUCGCAGUGGGACAUGCUCAAUGCAAAGCAGAAGGCACGCUACCACACCAAGUUUGCCCUGGCGGCCUGCAACCCGCAGCCCGGGGAUGACUGCACAGGUAACUUCAGUGGGAAAAAACGAAACCACACCAAGCGCACCCAGGAACCCCCUGAAGACUUGGACACCGAGGACGCCCCCAGGAAGAGACUCAGGAUGGACAAGCACGGUCUUCGGAAGAGAGAGAUGUUCACUGACAAAACAGCCAGAACAAGCUCCUCUAAGGUCACAGAGUCAGCCUCGUCGCUGAAGGGCCAAGCAGCAACGAAAAAUCUGUCUGAUGCAUGCAAACCCCUGAAGAAGCGAAACCGAGCUUCCACAGCAGCGCCCUCAACUCUUGGGUUUAGCAAAAGCUCAUCUCCUUCCACAUCCUUAACCGAGAAUGAGGUCUCAGACGGCCCUGGGGACGAGCCCUCCGAGUCCCCGUGUGAAAGUGCAGAUGAAACACAGACCGAAGUGUCAGUCUCAUCAAAGAAGUCUGAACGUGGCGUCACGGCCAAAAAGGAGUACGUGUGCCAGCUGUGUGAGAAGACCGGGAGUCUCCUGCUGUGUGAAGGCCCCUGCUGUGGGGCUUUCCACCUCUCGUGCCUCGGGCUCUCCCGGAGACCAGAAGGGACGUUCACCUGCAGCGAGUGCACUUCAGGGAUUCACUCGUGUUUCGUGUGUAAGGAGAGCAAGACAGAUGUUAAGCGCUGUGUUGUGUCUCAGUGUGGAAAAUUUUACCAUGAAGCUUGUGUGAGAAAACACCCUCUUACUGUGUUUGAAAGUCGCGGCUUUCGUUGUCCUCUCCACAGUUGUGUGACCUGUCAUGUUUCAAACCCUUCAAAUCCAAGACCAUCCAAAGGUAAAAUGGUGCGGUGCGUCCGCUGCCCCGUUGCCUACCAUGGAGGGGACGCUUGCAUGGCAGCGGGGUGCGCUGUGAUUGCGUCCAACAGCAUCGUCUGCACGGGGCACUUCACUGCCCGGAAGGGGAAGAGGCACCAUGCCCACGUCAAUGUGAGCUGGUGCUUUGUGUGCUCCAAAGGGGGAAGCCUCUUGUGUUGUGAGUCCUGCCCAGCGGCCUUCCACCCCGACUGCCUGAACAUCGAGAUGCCCGAUGGCAGCUGGUUUUGCAAUGACUGCCGGGCUGGCAAGAAGCUUCACUUUCAAGAUAUUAUUUGGGUUAAACUUGGGAACUACAGAUGGUGGCCGGCAGAAGUUUGCCAUCCCAAAAAUGUCCCCCCAAAUAUUCAGAAAAUGAAGCACGAGAUUGGAGAAUUUCCUGUGUUUUUCUUUGGGUCUAAAGAUUAUUACUGGACACAUCAGGCGAGAGUGUUCCCGUACAUGGAAGGUGACCGGGGCAGCAGAUACCAAGGAAUUAAAGGGAUUGGAAAAGUCUUCAAAAACGCAUUGCAAGAAGCUGAAGCUCGCUUUCGUGAGAUCCGACUGCAAAGGGAAGCCCGAGAGACCCAGGAGAAUGAGCGCAAGCCACCGCCGUACAAGCACAUUAAGGUGAAUAAGCCAUAUGGGAAAGUCCAGAUCUACACAGCUGAUAUUUCUGAAAUUCCUAAGUGUAACUGUAAGCCCACAGAUGAAAACCCUUGUGGCUUUGACUCGGAGUGUUUGAACAGGAUGCUGAUGUUCGAGUGCCACCCACAGGUCUGCCCUGCGGGCGAGUACUGCCAGAACCAGUGCUUUACCAAACGCCAGUACCCCGAGACCAAGACCAUCAAGACUGAUGGCAAAGGCUGGGGCCUGGUUGCCAAGAGGGAUAUUAAAAAGGGGGAGUUUGUGAAUGAGUAUGUUGGCGAGCUGAUUGACGAAGAGGAGUGCAUGGCCCGGAUCAAGCAUGCACACGAGAAUGACAUCACCCACUUCUACAUGCUCACCAUAGACAAGGACCGUAUCAUCGACGCUGGCCCCAAGGGGAACUACUCGCGCUUCAUGAACCACAGCUGCCAGCCCAACUGCGAGACCCUCAAGUGGACGGUCAACGGAGACACGCGAGUGGGCCUCUUUGCUGUGUGUGACAUUCCUGCAGGAACAGAGCUGACCUUUAAUUACAACCUCGACUGUCUGGGCAAUGAGAAGACCGUCUGUCGGUGCGGUGCUCCCAACUGCAGCGGAUUCCUGGGAGACCGGCCCAAGACCUCGGCAUCCCUCUCUUCAGAGGACAAAGGCAAAAAGAUCAAGAAGAAAACCAGAAGGCGGAGGACCAGGGGCGAAGGCAAGAAGGUGUCCGAGGAUGAGUGCUUCCGCUGUGGCGACGGGGGCCAGCUGGUCCUGUGUGACCGCAAGUACUGCACCAAGGCCUACCACCUCUCGUGCCUCGGGCUUGGCAAGCGGCCCUUCGGAAAGUGGGAAUGCCCCUGGCACCAUUGUGAUGUGUGUGGCAAACCUUCGACUUCGUUUUGCCACUUUUGCCCCAAUUCUUUUUGCAAGGACCACCUAGAGGGGACGGCCUUCAGCUCCACGCAGGACGGGCGGCUCUACUGUGCCGAGCACGAUGGGGGGGGCGAGGCGCCCAGGGGCGCCAAGACUGAGAAGCCCUGCCCAGAACCCAGGAAGGGGAAAGGGAAGAGGCGGCGGCGGCGCUGCUGGUGGCAGGUCCCUGAGGGCAAAUAGCGCUUGGCGGUGUGGGCACUCAGCCUCACUGCCCGCCCCCAGGACAGACGCCCAGGCCCGGGAGGGAGGGCCUUCCCCACCACUGAGCCACCUCAGCAGCGUCUGCUGCAUCUGCACUGAUCACCAGCUCAGAAUGUUCCAGACAAACCAGCCUCCAGCCUCGCUCCACAGUCUCACUUGAACCUCAACACGUCAGGGCUCCCUCCCGCUUUAUUCUCUAGGAAAAGUUAUGAUUGGAAGUGAAGUGGCCUGUGAAUGGUUUGAUCACGCCUGCCCUGGAGGGUUUUUUUCCUCUGAGGAUUGCUGUUCCAGCUCCUCGAUGGGUAGAAUGCCUCGCGGCUUCUUCCUGCCGGAGUUGCCCUUCCUCGGGAGACAGGGUGAGGCCUUGCCCCAGGAUGGCCUCUGACCUCGACCCGGAGUCUUGCAAGACCAUGGCUUUGGUCAUUAUUGUGCGCUUCUGGAACGGGCUAUGUGAUUGUCAUACUAAUGUGAAGUUCUCGUUCUCCUGCUGCUUCUCCAUCCUAGGGAGCAGCUGGCCCGGGCCGGGGUUGGUGAGCAGCACAGCGUAGCCCGACGAGUCUCCUCUCCCUUCUCCACGACGGGAACUAGAUAUGCCAGCAGGUGCCUCUGGGGCCGGGUUUCGGAGCGCACGCUCAGUCCUUCUCAACAUUUUGGGAUGACAGUUUGUGUAUUUUCUCCUUUGGCUUUUCUCGACCAUUUUCUGACUUUUAUUCUCAGUCUGUUUUUGCUACACUCAGUUCACAGACCCCAUUGACUAAGCCAGGUAUUUCUGAUGGGCCUUGCGCCACCAGCUGGCAGUCCUGCAUGUUGGUAUCCCAUGUUGGCACCAGUGAAAAACACCUGUGCAGGAGGACUGUGUUCUGCCCUGUGAGCACCUUAGGAGACAGGCCGGGCUGGGCUGGCCCACCCAUGGAAACCCUCUCCUCAGGGACUGGUGAGGGCUGCUGACAUCCACAGGGCCCGUCUCACUGGCCCGGCAGCAAACUUGAAUUCGCUCACCAGGGCGCCACUGCCCGUGUGCCAUGUCUACUCUCCCGAGUCCCACCUGUGCAGAGCAGGGAGUGCCUGCGGAGGAGUGCACCCUUCUCUCCUGGGGGUUCUCCUGACCCUGGGAUGCUUGCAGCAUCCUGAGGGAGAGGGCCCCGGGUUGUGCCUUUGCUUCUCCUGGCACAGGUGGGCACACCACACUCAGAGGCAGGUGCUUUUGCCCCCACACGCUCAACUGACACAGGAGCUUCAGAAGACCUGCUUUAGCGACAGUUUACGCACGCUCCUUAGUAAUCACCCUGUCUUCUCCUGAGGGCUCAGCGUCCUGCUCAGAACUGUUUCGUGUCUCGUGAAAUUGUAGUGAAUACUUGGGUUUAAGACGCUUGAUUUCUGUGAUUUUGUGACCUCUGCUCUGGGAGCUACUUUCCUCCUGGGCCACCUUGUGGCCUCGUGGGUGACUCUGCCUUCAGUGUGCAGGUCCGUGGCCACGCUGAAUUGGGGAGGAGGCUGGCGGCACUGGCGCCUACUUGUGUCCCUGUGCACAGACUGAGUGGUACUGCUGCCCCGUGGUCAAACCACCACACGGGACCGAGAGGAACCAACACGGUCUACUUCUGACCAUGUGGGCAGAUCCCUCUGGGACAGCCUUCCAUAGUCAAACAGCUCCCGUGGCCUGUGCUUGCCUCAGAACCCUCACCUUUCCUGGAAGGUCUGAGAAGGUUGCAUGUCCUUGGGCGGGUGCUCAGACAGUAGUUGAAAGGGUGUUGGCGGGUGUAAACCCAGCAGCAGCCUCCACUUCACAGAGACCUUUCCCAGCCCGGGUGGGAGAGGAACCGGCGAACCAGGCAGUCCUGCUCUCACUGGCCCAGAAGCCCCUUCCCCCAGCAGCUGGUGGACUUGCCCGAGUGCCCUGACCCAAACUGGUUUGCAGUGCACUUUGGGAGACGGGUCACGGUUCAUACGAGAUGGUAGUAAAACCUGGCCAGGUUUAACUCUCCUAUGUGGUAGAUUUCCAAAUUAUUUCUUAGAUAUUUCCAAGAGAGAGACUACAAGAUUUUUAAUAUGGUUCCUGUUUCUAAAACCUGCUAAUGAGAAAAUAACACUAACUGGCCAUCUCGAGACGAUGGGCAGAGCUGCGGGGCACGGGCCUGUCGGCGGCGCAGGGUGCUUUUGUUCCAGGGACUCACUCGGUGACCAGCUUCGAGCCUCUCGUUCGUUACUGUGAAGCAGCAAAACCAAACCCAAACCUGCCCCGCCCUCACAACGGCCCCAGGAACCCACCUCUCGGGCACACUGCUGCCCACUGCCGGCACUGGGCCUUCAACACCGCCGUGGUGCCUCUCAAGACUGUUGGGCCAGAGAUGUGGCAGCUUCUGCUACACCGCACGUGCCAACUGGUGGGGAACCACUGCCCCGUAGACCCCCACCCAUGGGGUUGCAGGCCUGAGCUGGGCCCGUCCCGGUGACCACGCCCCGUGGCAUGUGGCCUGAAUCCUGACAAGUCCAGUUUCCACGUCUGGACCAGGAUGCACAUGCCACCCCUCUUCAGAACGGCCUGUUGUACGCUAGUGAGCACAAUGCCUGGACAACCCCCCAACUCUGGCGAGGAGCCUCACAGACACCCAAAUGGACUCACGAGUGUCUGCUCAGGGCGGCAUGGGCCUCGCCCUGCUGAGCUGUGAACCACCCGUCAGAUCUAAACUGAAGUGUGUCCUGGCAUUUAUCCAUCCUUCGUUCGCAGUGGAAGGCCAGGUGGGUGCCCUGCCCGUCAUCAGCCUUGAUAGUUAGAUUUUAAAACUUGAAGUUCACUUUGGGGGGGCAAUAUAUUGAAAUGUAGAUUUGAGAAUUGCCAGUUGGGGGGGAAAUAGCAUUUAAAGUGAAAGUUGUGUUGGAAAAUGGUGUAUGAGUAUUUUUGUAUUAAAAAAAGUUUUAAAGGCUUUUUUCUUUAACUUAA